AUGGCGGCCAAGACUAAGGCACCAGCUGGUACUCCGGUCGGCCCCGUCCCUUUCGCGGACAUCGAGACCGACCCAGGCUUGGUCUCUCCGGUGCCGGAGCAGCUCCCGGAAGAGCACGCCGCCCUGCCGAGCGCGUCCGCGUUUAACGGCCCGACGAACAUCCGUUGCUACCAGGGCUUCUGGCUGUCGGAUUACUUGUCCGCCGCGGCCGUCGCCCUGCAGCGCCGCUUCGAGCCCUGCCGCGACGACAUCAUCGUCGCAAGCUUUCCCAAGUCCGGCACCACGUGGCUCAACGCCCUGGCGUUCGCCACCAUGGCACGGCGCGCUUACCCGGCCGCCGACGCCGGGCACCCGCUGCUACGCCUCAACCCGCACCAGUGCAUCCCUUUCCUGGAGAACCUCUUCCGGAGCCGCGCGGAGGCCGCCAAGCUCGAGGCCCUGCCGUCCCCGCGCCUCAUGAACACGCACAUGCCGCUCGGCAUGAUAAUGCCGGGCGCCGGCGGGUGCAAGGUCGUCUACGUCUGCAGGGAACCCAAGGACAUGGUCGUCUCGUUGUGGCACUUCCUCCGGCAUCUGCGGCCAGACCUGGCGCUGGCCGACGUCCUCGACUCCGUGCGCAGCGGCGCGGUGCCGUAUGGACCCGUCUGGGACCACAUCCUCGGCUACUGGCGCGCCAGCAUCGCGAGGCCGGACGCCGUGCUGUUCUUGCUGUACGAGGAGCUGCUGCGCGACCCCGCCGGGAACGUCAGAGAGCUGGCGCGGUUCGUCGGGCUGCCCUUCUCGGACGCCGAGGAGGAGGCCGGCGUCGUCCAGGACAUCGUCAAGCUCUGCAGCUUCGGGCACCUCAAGCCCCUGGAAGCCAACUCGACAGGCCAGUUGGAUCCCCUCGUCCCGGUGCCGCGCGAGGCGCUGUUCAGGAAGGGCGUGGCCGGCGACUGGGCGAACCACAUGACGCCGGAGAUGGCGCGACGCCUCGACGAAAUCGUCGCCGACAAGUUCCAUGCGACCGGCCUCACUUUUCGAUGAUUUUCCAUGAUCAAGUAAUGUUUGUACUCUCGUAAUCACUAAGCAGGAAUAAUCAAGUGGAGUGGUUUUCGUUUCACGAAACUGGCCUGUCUAUUUCCGGGUGUAGAGCAUAUACGUCCACUUUCCACGGUUGCUUUCAGAUUCAUGCAACUUUUUAACCAUUUUUAGAACUUCUGUUGUUUCAGUGUGUUACA